CGGAAGCCCUAUUCCACCCCAACCUCACCUUCGCAAAGUACGUCAUCUCGAGAAACUUUUCUCAAAAGUCUUUCUCCUUCCCCAGCAACCUCUCUCCCGCACCCAACGGCCAUCCCGCAAUGAAGACCGCAAUUCUCUCCGUAUAUGACAAGACCGGUCUGCUCGACCUCGCCAAGGGCCUGGUCAAGCACGACAUCCGUCUGCUUGCGAGCGGCGGCACCGCGAAGCUCGUUCGCGAGGCUGGUUUCCCUGUAGAGGAUGUCUCCGCCAUCACCCACGCUCCCGAGAUGCUCGCCGGCCGCGUCAAGACCCUCCACCCCGCCGUCCAUGCCGGCAUUCUCGCCCGCAACAUCGACUCCGACGAAGCCGACCUCGCCGCCCAGGGCAUCGAGAAGGUCGACUACGUCGUCUGCAACCUCUACCCGUUCAAGGAGACCAUCGCCAAGGUCAACGUCACCAUCGACGAGGCCGUCGAGGAGAUCGAUAUCGGCGGCGUCACCCUCCUCCGCGCUGCCGCGAAGAACCACGCCCGCGUCACCAUCCUCUCUGACCCCUCCGACUACGCUGGCUUCCUCGAGCAGCUCGAGUCCGGCGAGGUCUCCGCCGACGCCCGCAACGCCUACGCGCUCAAGGCCUUCGAGCACACUGCCGAGUACGACGCCGCCAUUGCCGACUUCUUCCGCAAGAAAUACGCAGAGUCAAAGUCCCAGCUCACCCUCCGCUACGGUGCCAACCCGCACCAGAAGCCUGCCCAGGCUUACGUCAAGCAGGGCGAGCUUCCCUUCAAGGUCCUCGCUGGCUCGCCCGGUUACAUCAACCUCCUCGACGCGCUCAACUCGUGGCCGCUCGUCAAGGAACUCUCAAUCUCGCUCAACCUCCCCGCCGCUGCCUCGUUCAAGCACGUUUCCCCCGCCGGCGCCGCCGUGGCUGUUCCCCUGUCGGAUGUCGAGAAGAAGAUCUACUUUGUCGACGACAUUGCCGACGAGGACAUGACCCCUCUCGCCAUCGCCUACGCGCGCGCCCGCGGUGCCGACCGCAUGUCCUCGUUCGGUGACUGGAUCGCGCUCUCCGACACCGUCGACCUCACCACCGCCAAGAUCAUCUCCCGCGAGGUUUCCGACGGUGUCAUUGCGCCCGCAUACUCCCCCGAGGCCCUCGAGAUCCUCAAGAAGAAGAAAGGCGGCAAGUACACGAUCCUCCAGAUCGACCCCGCUUUCACCCCCGAGCCCGUCGAGACCCGCCAAGUCUACGGCGUCUCGCUCGCGCAGAAGCGCAACGACGUCUUCAUCAACGCCGCGUCGUUCAAGGACAUCGUCUCCAAGAACAAAGACCUGCCCGCCAGCGCCGUCACCGACCUCAUCGUCGCCACCAUCGCGCUCAAAUACACCCAGUCCAACUCGGUCGCCUACGCCAAGAACGGCAUGCUCAUCGGCCUCGGCGCCGGCCAGCAGUCGCGUAUCCACUGCACCAGACUCGCCGGCGACAAGGCCGACAACUGGUGGCUGCGCCAGCACCCGCGCGUGCUCGCCUUCAAGUGGGCCAAGGGCGUCAAGCGACCAGACAAGUCUAACGCGAUCGACCUCUUCGUCUCCAACCAGAUCCCCGACGAGGACCCCGAGAAGUCCGAGUACGAGUCCAAGUUCGCCGAGCUACCGGUCCCGCUCACUGCCGAGGAGCGCAAUGAGUGGCUUUCCAAGCUCGACGGCGUCUCGCUCUCGUCCGACGCUUUCUUCCCCUUCGCCGACAACGUCUACAGAGCCGCCCGAAGCGGCGUCAAGUACAUCGCUGCCGCCAGCGGUUCAGUCCAGGACGACGCCGUCUUUGCGGCCGCGGACUCCAAGGACAUUGUCUACGUCGAGAACCACGUCCGCCUGUUCCACCACUAAACCCCUCCCCCAUUCCCCACCCACUUCUUCCUCUUCCCCCUUCCACCCUCUCCUACUCUCUAUCAUUUAUCUCACACACGCUCUCUUCUCUUGUCUGUAGUAGACGUGCAGGGAAGGAAGAGGGUGUCUCCAAACUUUGAACGUUGUUCUUAAUAUCUCAUAAAUAUUUUCUUUGUUUUGAUUUCAUUGUUUUAAUCAAUAAAUGAGAGGCAUAUAAGAGUGUCAUAAAUC